AUGCACCAGCUGACGGACCUUGCUCCUCGUCAGUUACGAUGGGUCAAAUGGCGAGAGGAUAGUUACUCAUCUGCCUCCAUCCUUAACAUUGAUGUCACGUCGCAACGCGCUUACGUCCAUUAUAUCAACCAGGAUAAGCGACUUGACGCGUGGGUACCGUUUUCUGCCAUUGGAGAUAUUGUCGAAGAAGGAGCCGCGUCGCCUGCGCCGGGUGCUGAGGAUCAUGUCGCGUCUCCGCAGGCCAUGGAUGCGCAGUCCGUGUCGACCGAAGGGCCUGAUCAAGGUGUAAGGAAUGUCGACAAGGUCAUCUUUGGCAGGUACGAGAUCCAAACAUGGUAUCGUUCACCUUAUCCUGCAGAGCUCGUGACGCCGGGUGGUGUACCAUACCUCCACGUAUGCCCACUCUGCUUCAAAUACACAAUUGACGGCGAGCCGUUACGGAAGCAUAUCGUGGCCUGUCCCAAGGAAAACAAUCUGCCUGGCAAGAAAGUAUACGAGAGAGGCCCUCUGUCGAUCUACGAAGUAGACGGCGACGUCGAAAAGCUCUACUGCCAGAACCUCUGCCUCUUCGCAAAGCUGUUUCUGGACCACAAAACAAUCUACUACGACGUCAGCGGAUUUCUGUUUUACGUACUGGUCAACAACCAAUCAGGUACAGCAGAAUACUGCGCAUAUUUCUCGAAGGAGAAGGUCUCGUGGGAUAACAACAACCUAGCGUGUAUCAUCACCUUUCCUCCGCACCAACGGCACGGCUACGGUCGUAUGCUCAUCUCAUUCUCCUACGCGCUGUCACGGCUUGAAGAUGUCAGAGGAGGUCCAGAGCGGCCUCUAAGUGACCUAGGCUACAGAGGCUACAUCAACUACUGGACCGGUGCCGUCGCCGCCGUCCUCCUCGAAACUAGUGAGGACGGGCAAACCGAGACAACCAUCGAAGAAAUCAGCGAGGCAACAGGAAUCAGGGAAGAAGAAGUCCUCGAAGCCAUGACCCAAAUGGGCCUAAACAAUUGGGUGAAGAAAGAUGGUGCGGUCGUAGUGAACUCCAACGACAUCAAGAACUGGAUCAAGGAAAACAACAUUAAAACGGACAGCAUGAUAGAUGAAGAUUGUAUGAUUAUCGACGCAGAAUAA